AUGCAUUUAAAUGAGGACGAAAUCGAAGAUCUCGUGGGUGACGUUAAAUACACAGACUCUCAGAAAAGUGUAACCACCUCGAACGUGUAUUCCCUUGACUUCACGGACAGUGGUUCAGACAAAACAGACAAACAUAAUUCCACUGGCAAGGAGACCUACGUUAUAGACUGUGACAGUGAUGACAGCGACAAAACAGUUCCGCUGCUCAACCAAAAAUGCUCAUCCACAAAUGUUAUGCCUUUGAUCAAACAAGACGCCUUUGUACAAUACGAAUCGUCUGCGAAAACUACUGCUGCGAGUGUUAACGCAUUUGAUUUUGCACAAGAAAGUUUCACACAAACUAGCAGAACCAUUUUGGAGCUAGCCGCUCUUGAUCGCGCGCUAAAAAAUGGUACAAGCCAUCAUCUAGAAACACAAACUUCAUUUCUCUCUAUAACAGAGAAUAGGACUAUUGAAUGUAAAAUACAAUUAACUGAGACGCGAACUGACUUCAUUGAUAACAUACCAAAAUUGUGUAACGCUGAAAUUACAACACCGGCCUACUACAAUCUCUUAGGUAAUCAGCUUUUGAAUAAUUCCCUUGAUGAUGGUUCUUCGAAAUUUCCAAUGUCACAUACAGAAAGCCCAAACACUGUAGAAAAAAGCGUUAGCAGUUCGAAUAGUGAAAUGCUAAAUAUUAUACAAGAUGAUUUAUCUGAAAGCUUUUUAAGCGAUGAUCAAAAUGAACGAAAUGUUUUUAAAUGCCCGCCUGUUCCGGAUUCUGAAUCUGAUAUUGACGAUGAUUCUUUGAUGGAGAAAUCUAAGCAACAGGAAGAAGAACCCGAUAGCUUUAGCGACGUUACGUCUUUAUGUAAUGACGUUGACGAUUUAUACAAAAAACUGUCUCAAACUGUUGACCAUUCGCCAAAUAGAAUGAUUGAUACAAAAUCACAGGAUCAAGUGCGUCAUUUCGGGUUAUUGACACCGUUGACCGAAGAAUCAACAAUUAAAAAUAGUAACAUAAUACUUGAUAUUACGCCAAACAACACAAUAAUCUCUGAUCGAACAGAUAAAGCUACAAAAGAUUCAAGUUUGAAAUCACAAGAAUCUAAAACCGACGACUUCAAAUUACCUCCUAUCAAUAGUAAUAAUAGUUCAUUGAAUUCAGAUAACCCGCAUAUCAAAUGUACUCUGUCGAUUAACCCCAGUAUAUCCAACAAAGCUGCGGCAGUCAAAUGUCUGUACGAAGGACAAGAUCGAUGGGAGGUCACAUCUAAAGAAAUGGGUUCGGGAGAAAGCAUCAUGUUAAGCGGUCGAAGUUGUGAUCCAAUGGAAGAAAAGGAAUUUAUUGAUUCUGUGCGAUUACCACCUAUUGAAGGACAAGUAAAGAGUAAUUUGCACCACACGUCCGGCAUGAGCGUCAUGACGACAACAAACGAGCAUGCAUUCACGACCUCUACGGCUUCCAUCAGCAUAAAGAAGAAAAUAAGGGAGCUGAAGAUGAGCAACCAUGAUAGUUCACCAAACAGGUUGAAAAGUAGAAGCAAUUCUCCUCGCAGCCUCUCGCCGAACGAGAAACUUGGAGACUUGGCUGAUCGGGGAUGUGACGCGCUAUGUGUAGAGCUAUUGAGGAGACUGAAGUCCGCUUCGUGGAUGAAAACGGCGGAGACUCUAGAAGAAAUGCCAAAAGUUCUUCAAAAGUAUUGGGGGAACAUAUCGGAAAAUCGAAUCGCAGACCUUAUAAGACAAGUGAGCGCACAUGUGGAGUCGCCGCGCACGCAGGUGUCACGAGCGGCCUGCAACACGCUGGCUUCUCUCAUCAAGAAUACCAAUUAUACUAAAAAGCCGGACUUCUACGAAGCAGUCACGACGCUUCUCAUCAAGACUGGCAGCUUCAGCCGGCCGGUGAGGACUGCUGCUAACCUGGCCCUGGACGAGAUCGUCUGCGACGUCGACCUAACGCACUGCGUCACCGCUCUGUGUAUGCACGGCGCCGGACACAAAAGCGGUCUAGUACGUGGGGCAGCCGCCCGCCUGCUGGUGGUCUGCUGCGCACUAGCCAGCGGCGGCCGAGACCUCCUGAAGGCGCGACCACCUUCAGCGGCCAACGCGAGGCGACUGACGCUCUCUUCCUUGGCUACUCUGCUCACUGACAAGAACACUGACGUCAGGAAGUACGCUGAACGUCUAUACAUCAUGCUGCGACCGCUAAGCAACUUUGAGGCUUACUACCUAACCGACGUGGAUGUAGACCUCGCCACGAGGCAAAUGAAGAAGUACGACCAGGUCCUCAACGUUAAGCAGUCCAGGUGAUGGCAGACGGCAGGAGGUGAUUGAGGAUAUGUGUGACAAUAUUGGAUUAUCGAUAACUUUUCGUUGCAGUUAGAUUCAGGGUGUGAGAGAAUAUAGAAAUAACUUAAAUACGAUGAUAACUUUUGUAAAAAGAGAACCGACUACCUACAAUCUUUAUCCUCAUUUCUUUAAGUCGGUUAAACAUGAAAGCAUGUCAUGUCAAGUGUAACAACACUUUCCUGAAAAUUGCAUCAAAAUCGAUUCGGAACCUUGCAUCUAAUUCGGAAACGGAAUGAUUAUAUAAGAACUAACUACCUACUUAUUUUCACAACAUUUUUGUAAUAAGUCUAUAUUGAAAAAAAAAACUUAUUUCCAAAACUACCACAUAAAUCGCGGGUUUUUAAUUACAUGCAUACAAAAUUUAAUAAGAAUCUGUCCAGCGGUUUUCUUGUGAAUGCAGAACAGACAGACAUUCGUAUUUAUAAAUAAUAUUAGUUAGGGAUUAUGAAGACAUGUGGGGUAAAUACAGUUUAGGGCUCUCUAUAAAAUGCGCGGCUUAAUCUUGAUGUACUCGUAAGUCGGUGUUUAUGAACCUGCAACUGACUGCAACGAUUUGCACAUUUUUAUAUUUAUGUACAAUCUUAUUUAUGUUAAAUAACUAAUUUAUUCACAACAAUUUAACCCCCCAAUUGCUGAUUGUGAGAAGUAAAACGUAUUUGGAAUCUUUUAGUGCUUUUCUGACGAAAUCAAAAUAGCGAAAAGUUUGCUGAUAAUAAUAUCACUUAAUUGUAAAAAAAAACAUUGCUACUUUGUUUAAGAUAGGACCGUUCAGAAUCGUCUAUAUUGUUAUUAUUUUUUUAUCGGGUAGCUUGUAAUCUACAUAAUAUCGAAUAAUAACAUUCGAGUGUGUGUUCAUACUGGUUUUUUUGUGUAAACAAUAAUUUGUGUGUGGCAUAUUAUUAAAUCUGUGACUUGCCUGGGACCCGUCUCUUGUAUACAAUAGGGCAUCAUUUUCAACCAAUAUCAAUUGUCAAAAAAAUAAACAAUACCUUUUUUACAAGACAGAACAUCACAUCCAAUAUGAUGUUAUUUCUUUUUAUUUAGUAUUGCCCAAAAUGCCAAAAAGAGAUAGUAAUUCAGGUUUUGAAAACUCGUGGAUAAGAGCGUCCGAACGAAGUUUAUCAAAUGUGCUCAUGAAAUCCUGCAUAAAUAGAAAGCUCUACAAGUACAAUACAUGUAAAUGAAGUAGUUUCAGUAAAAAAACCCUUUCUGUCGCACCUUUCCUUAUACAAACAAUUUUGGUUUCACUGUGCUUAAUAAAUAGAUACUUUUGGGCAUCUCUUUUUAAAAUUGUGGCAAUGUCUGACCAGACUCGGGCCCCUGUCACUGUGCCAUUGUUCCUAAAGUUAUUGUCAAGUGAUGAUGUGUAAAUGUA